AAAAAUGUAAAAACAUGAAACUUCAUCUUAUGUAACAUACAGUAGAGUACAAAUGCAAAAUUAUGCUAUUUCGGUGUUACAGAUCCCUGGGUAUUUUAGAGCACAACUGCCUUUACUUUAUUUGUAAUUGUUUACAUUUUUGUUUGUUUUGUAAUACUGUUUUUUUUCUUUCUAUUGAUCUAGCUGGAAGUCCUUGCUUUUUGGAUAAGACUCAUCUUAUAAAGAAAGGAGCUGCACGCUUGAAGCGAGACAAUAUAGAUAGAACUCAUGACUCAGUGGCCUUUUAUGAAACUGGUGGAGUUGCAUCUGUUCCAGAUGCUCCACAAAUUUCUGAUCAAAUACUUGGAAUAGAAGGAUCAACUGUUCCAGUGUAUGUUCUCAUUAAUUCCAAAGAUUUAAUUCUUAAGUGUUUGACUCAAAAGCUGUUAAAGCAGAGAAUCAUUGAUCCAAAAUAUCAGUGGAUUGGUCCUAUAGGAUUGAUAACCAAAGAAUCACAAAGGUUUGUUUUAACUGAUGAUGGUAGCCUGGAAAUUUAUAAUAUUCAUGGAAGUGACUCUGGAAGUUACAUCUGCAAUGUCAUCUAUGUACAUAACAAUAAAUAUGUGACAACAGAAAUCCGUUUCAUGGUCUAUGUAUAUCAUAAGCCAGGGAAAAGUAUACAUCUGUCAUCUGAAUUCAAAACAGAAACCUGUGAAACCAAUGCAGUUGCUUCAUUUGAAAAACAACUAUUAGAAAAUAUGGAGAACUUAAUCCGUGAUCUUCAAUGUGAGAUCCGGCAGUGGAAUACACAAUGCCAUGCAGCUACAGAUACAAUGGCGAUGCUAACACACAAACUUACAUUUCAGUUUGUGGUUUUUCCUUUUGCAUUGGCAUUUGCAGAAUCCUGUAAAAGUUCAAAAUGUGAAAACUCCACCAAUUACAUCAAAAAGGCAUACACUAAGAUUAAACAAUUCUUUGAAGUCCAAAAUACUGAAUCAGAUCACAUUCGCCAGAUACAUUAUAUUUCUGGCUCUCUUACUGGUAAGAAAGUGGAUCACUGCAAACCAGGAUUUGGUAAAAAUAUAAACAACAGUACGCUGUGUCCAGGAUGCUGUGUAACCUGCCCACCUGGUCGAUUCAGUGCAAGAUAUGAUACCACAUGUAUUCUCUGUGCAUCGGGGUCCUAUAAUAAAAAGUACGGGCAGACUGCAUGCAAAAACUGUCCAAAAGCACAAACUAGUGAUAGAAGAGGAGCCAAAACUGAAAGGGAGUGUCACGGAACUCUGCAAAUCUGGAUUGUUUUCUUAAUUUCCUCCUUAGGAACAAGCCUUAUCCUAGUGACAGCUUGGGCAAUAAUACAUAAAUGUUGUAGAAGAACAUUAGCAGCCAGAUACAUAGAGGAAGCCGAAUCUGAACUUAAAACCAGACUGAAAACAUUUGCCAAUAUUGCAAGUGAUGCAGAGAUUGAAGAGCAAAGAAGUAAACUAAGAAACCCAGACAGAUAUGAGAGAAAGAAUCUGCCAAAAUAUAAAGUUGGGUUUAUAGAGGAAGAGUCCAUAGGAUUAUUAAGCAAUGAUGGCAUAACAGAGACAUCAACACCUGUCGGCUCAAAUCCAUCUCCUGACCGUACAUGGCCAAGUGAAGUAGAAACAAGCUUUGAGGAAGGCAGAUCACAGGGUACUUUGGAAGAAGAAAUCCACUGUGUUUCAAAAGGACUAGUUUCUAAUCCGCAAAAGUUUAACACAAACCACAAAUUGUCUUAACUUCUCUGUGUGAUGUAGGGUGAAUUGUAAAGCAAAGUACUGAUCAUCUGUUGUAAAAUGUGGGGUUAAGGAUCCUUCAAAAAAUAUUCAUGUCCACAAGGAUAUUAUCUUAAGAGUUAUUUUUUAUCUACAAUAAGGGUGUAUACUUUAUAGUGGUGUAUUCUGGCAGCUGGAAAAGCAAAAACUGUUUAAAAGAUCAGCAUUCUCCUUCAAGCAGACAAUUCUCCUUAAAAAUGUGUAGCACUUAGUUUUCGGAGCUCCAUUCUGCAGAAGCAUACUGAACCUUUUGUCCUCUGCAGACGCAUUAAAUACUUUCUACAGAUGUGUGUUAACAUAUAUUUUAUUUUUUCAUAUGCAAGCUAUUCAACCGUUUGAUAAUGGCUCCAAACUAAUUAAAAUUUCUUAUUUUCUAAGAACUCUACAGAACCAAAAUAGAAGUUAAACAUUAACUGAUAUAAUUUGAUAUUAUGAUACAAUACUGUCAUGUUACAUUUUUCAUAACCCCAAUGCAAACUAUGUGUACAGUAAUUUUAAUGUGCUACAUGCUUUGCAGUGUGUAUUAUGUUCAGAAUAAAUUUAGAAAAAUUUUAAACUCAUAUGUUAUGCCUGUUCAAAACUGAAGUUCAUGUGAACAAAAAUGGUAUUGGGACUUUAGCCAGUAGCAAAUCCACUGGACGGUUUCAGUAUUAUGAAGGUGGGAAAUGUUUUGGUCUGUUAAUUUAUAUAAUAAAUAAACAAGAAUUUGAAAACAA